AUGAGUUCAAAAACAAACCAGGACCCAAAAGCCUUUGUGGCUAUCAAGAAAAGGUCCAGGGUUCCUGGGGUUAUGAUCACUCAGACUGUGGAGCAACUGCCACCAGGGAAAUCGACCCCCGACUUUACCCGCAAACCAAUUGCUGUGACUGUCCAAGAAGGUAAAAAAGCCUUUUUCAAAGCUAUGGUUAGUGGAGAGCCAGCACCAACUGUGACAUGGGGGCGUAAUAAAGGUGAAAUAGAUGACCCAGAAAAGUACAAGACUAGAUAUGAUGAAAGAGCUCGAGAACACAUUCUUGAGAUAAUCAACAUCAAUCCAGACCAAGCAGACACUUACAAGUGCUUUGCCACCAAUGAAUACGGAAAAGCUGUCUGCACCACCACUCUCAAUGUCAUUGCAGCCGGCUUCAGGAAGAAGAGCAAGGGAGGAGGUCAGCAGGAACCACAGGAUUUUAGAUCAAUGCUCAAGAAAACUGUUGUUGUCACUAGGAAAAAGCAACUCCCACCACAGAAAGAGGGAGAAAUUGAUCCUAAACUCUGGGAACUGCUUAUAAGCGCACCAAAGAAAAAUUAUGAAAAAAUCUGCUUGGAUUUUGGGGUUACUGACUUUCGGUGGAUGUUGAAGAGAUUGAACCAGAUGAAGAAGGAAAGGGCAGACGAACAGGCAAAGGUUGUAGAGCAGCUGGACAAUGUGAAACAAAUUGAAGUGAAACCAAACGGAAAAGCUGAAUUUGGAUUUGACAUGCAGCUAUGGGAUCCCAAUAGUGCAGUUAACUUAUACAAGGAUGGCGUAAUGGUUCCUUAUGCAGAUGAUGAAAAUUCAAAACAUAGCCUUAGGAAAAAAGGAACAAAUUAUAUAUUUAGCAUUAAAGACCCUCAGCCAGAAGAUGCUGGAUUUUACCAGGUUGAUGUCGAAGAGGCAAAUGUUCUUGCAACUGACUUCAGAGUGCCUGCAGUGGAGUUUGUAGACAAGAUUAAGGAUGCUAAGGCUGUUGAAAGUGAGGACGCUGUAUUUCAGUGCGUUUUGUCAACACCACUCAACAGAAUUACUUGGUCAAGAGAAGACUCCUCACUUGAACAUGGGGACAAAUAUGAGAUCACCGUCUCAGAGGACAAACUAACUCACACAUUAAGAGUAAAAGAUUGUGAAAUUGCAGAUAAGGGGGCAUAUUAUGCCAUUGCUGGUAUUGCUUCCAGCAGGGCCUCUCUCAUGGUGGAAGAUCGAGGUGUUCAAUUUGUCAGUGGGCUAUCAGAUACAAAUGCCAAUAUUGGAGAACGGGUGGAGAUGUCCUGCAAACUAAGCAGUGAGACGUCAGAAGGGCGCUGGUACAAAAAUGGGAAACUGCUAACAAAUGAAGAUGGGGUAACAAUUAUCAAAGAUGGAGCCUUUCACAGGCUGAUAGUUGAUUGCUGUAAAAAAGAUGAUGCAGCUGUGUACCGCUUUGAAGCUGAAGGACGUAAAUCAGAAGCAACACUUAGUAUUCAAGAUCCACCAAAAUUGGACCCUGAUGCACUAGGAAAUUUCACAAAGCCAGUCAUUAUAAAGGCAGGCGAAAAUGCUGAAUGGAAGCUGCCAUUCUCAGGCCAAGCACCAAUGACUAUACAGUGGUACAAGAAUGACGAUGAGCUGCUGCCAGCCCUCAAUGUGAAGAUUGAAACGUCUGAUACUGAGAGUCAACUACGCCUUAUUAAGUGUCAAAGAAAAGACAGUGGAGAGGUGAAAAUCAAAAUAAAAAAUGAAUUUGGUACAACAGAGGCAAUAUCCAAACUUAUUGUACUGGGUUAUCCUGGACCACCAGCUGUACCCAAAGUGGUCAGUGCCUUUAAAGACUGCAUUAAUCUGGCAUGGAGUCCUCCAUGUGACACCGGAGGAACCAAAAUAGUGGGAUACAAUUUGGAAAAGAACAAGAAAGGCACCAAUUACUGGAGCCUUGUAAAUCAAAAGGGGCCAAUUACAGAUACAAAGUAUGCAGUUAAAGACGUAUUUGAAGGAGCAGCAUAUGAAUUUCGAGUGUCAGCUGUCAACCUGUCUGGUGCUGGAGAUCCCAGCAUUCCAUGUGACACAGUUAUUGCAAGAGAUCCAAUGAAACCCCCAGGCAAAGUCACAGACCUUAAAUUAACAUCUUCCAAUUACACGACAUUUUCGCUGGCUUGGACUAAACCUAAGGAAGUGCAAGGGGUAGAAGAUGAAGCCCAAGGGUAUUAUGUGGAGAUCAGACCAAUAGAGAACCUUGAAUGGACCCGCUGUAAUACCAUCCCAAUUACUCUAACAUCCUACACUGUGCUUGGCCUUAAGGCAAUGGCCACAUACUGGGUGAGAGUAAUUGCCACCAAUUAUGGAGGUGAUGGAGAACCUCAGAGCUUUGAUAAUUAUAUCAUUGCUAUGCCUCCUCCUGUCAAACCAAAGUUUAAAGACCGCAACAUGAAGACCUUUGUGGUGGUGAAAUCUGGAAACACUGUUCGCCUCAACAUCAACUUUGAGGCAUCUCCCAUGCCUGAAAUCUUUUGGUUAAAGGAUGGUAUUCCAGUACCAAAGCAUGUAACCAUUACCAACUCUGAUAAAGGAUCUCAACUCUUAAUUCCUACAUCUGAGAGGACGGACACUGGCAUCUAUACCAUUACUGUCAAGAACAUGGUUGGCCAGGAAAGCUUUAAUGUUGAAAUCAGAGUUACAGAUGAUCCUAAACCUCCAGGUCCAGUGGAGCUGGAACAGAAUAUCCCAGGAACAGUGACACUGUCCUGGACUCCCUCUCCAGAUGAGAAAAGGGAUGACAGGCUGCACUACAUGGUAUCAAAGAGGGACUCCUUCAAACGGACUUGGAGAACAGUGGCAGACAACCUCUUUAACAACAAAUUCACAGUUGUCAACAUUUUACCUGGACGGCAGUAUCACUUCAGGGUGUUCGCUAAAAAUGACAUGGGCCUUUCUCCUCCUUCCGAGUCCCCUGCGUUUGAAACCAAAAAGGAAAAAGAAAAGUUCCAAGUAAACAGGCCAGAGAUAAAACACCGGAUCUUCGAUUCUCCUCCCUCCUUUAUUGUUCCCCUGAAGAGGCGUACAGCCCCACAAGGUUAUGAAUGCUACAUGAGCUGUGCCAUUAAGGGUGAUCCAGCUCCACGUGUUACGUGGUACUGGAACAAUAUCAGCCUCAACACAAACACCAACUACCACAUCACAAAUGUAUGUGGAGUCUGCUCCUUGCUUAUACUGAGAGUAGGACCCAAAAACAACGGGGAAUACAAAGUUGUCAUACAGAACAAACUGGGGACUGCGGAGUCAUCAAUGAUGCUGAAUGUCAGAGAGUGAAGACAAGCCACAGCUCCUGGGAAGAAGCUGAACAAACACCUAUGUGGAAAUAAUAUAACCAAUAAAUAAAAUGUAAUGGAAAAUGUG